AGCCGUUCAAUAAAUUUGAAAAAAAAAAAACCUUACGCCCUAUCUUUUCUUCAUCGCAGUUUUUCAUAUAUCUUCACAGAAAGGGAAAGAAAAAAGAAGAAAUAAAGAAUAAAGAAUAAAAAACAAGAGGCACCGUACGUUGAAAUUAUAUCGGGUUUCAGUUUUUAUAAUUUCGUUUCUCAUGCAGAUCUGAUUGUAGAUCUCGAAUCGCCGAAAACUCUCUCUUCAUUGUUCCCUCUUUCUUUGGGUAAAAAAAAUUUCACGGAUUAUUGGAAUUCGCCUUUUCUUUUUGGAAGAAAUUCACUUUCAUGUUUUUCUUCGAACUCAGAUUUUCUCCAAAUUUUGGCGUGGAUAAAUAGAUCUUAAAAUUGGCUCCUCAAAGGCGAUCGCAGCGCCACAUGGGUGGCCAGAUGCAGCAAAGCAAUGCUGCAGCGACGGCGCUUUACGAUCACGCCGGCGUAGGGUCCUUGCACAAUGCGGGUCCCACAGGCGGCGAUGCUGGUGAUGCCGUUAUGGCGCGGUGGUUGCAGUCUGCUGGAUUGCAGCAUUUGGCCUCUCCCCUGGCUUCUACUGGUAUCGACCAACGCCUCCUUCCCAAUCUCCUCAUGCAGGGUUAUGGAGCACAAUCUACAGAAGAGAAGCAGAGGCUAUUCAAAUUAAUGAGGGACCUCAAUAUUAAUGGGGAAUCUGGGUUGGAGCCAUACACACAAACUGCUCAAAAUUCAGGAGGGCCUGCUGCAUCUGAUGGGUUUUAUUCUCCAGAGUUCAGGGGGGAUUUUGGAGCUGGGCUUUUGGAUCUUCAUGCUAUGGAUGAUACAGAGCUUCUGUCUGAGCAUGUUACCUCAGAACCUUUUGAGCCAUCACCAUUCAUACCUGGUGUGAACAAAGCAUUUGAAAAUGACUUUAAUGCGACAACUAACUGGCAGCAAAAAGAGCAAAGUGAUGCAGAUGCCUCUGCUUCAUUAUUUUCUGCCAAUGAAAAAGAGAUCAGCAGCACAAGGGAAAGUAAUGUUGCCAAGAUUAAAGUUGUGGUACGUAAAAGACCAUUAAACAAGAAGGAGAUUUCUCGAAAGGAGGACGAUAUAGUAAUUGUGAGUGAGAAUGCUUUAACUGUCCAUGAACCAAAGCUAAAGGUGGACUUGACAGCGUAUGUCGAGAAGCAUGAGUUCUGUUUUGAUGCUGUUCUGGAUGAGCAUGUUAACAAUGACCAGGUUUAUCGUGCUACUGUUGAGCCAAUUAUUCCAAUCAUUUUCCAGCGAACAAAAGCCACUUGCUUUGCAUAUGGGCAAACAGGUAGUGGUAAGACAUUCACGAUGCAACCAUUACCUCUCAGAGCUGCACAAGACCUUGUUAGAUUCUUGCAUCAGCCAAUUUACCGCAAUCAGAGAUUUAAAUUGUGGCUUAGCUAUUUUGAGAUAUAUGGUGGAAAACUCUUCGACCUUUUGAGUGAUAGAAAGAAACUUUGUAUGAGAGAAGAUGGGAGACAACAAGUCUGCAUUGUUGGACUGCAAGAAUUUGAGGUGUCAGACGUGCAAGUUGUGAAGGAAUACAUUGAGAGGGGAAACUCUGCUAGAAGCACCGGCUCUACUGGUGCAAACGAGGAAUCUUCAAGGUCACAUGCAAUUUUACAACUUGUCGUCAAGAGGCACCCUGAGAUAAAGGAGUCCAAGCAGAACAAUGAUGUGAAUGAGUCUAAAGCUGGGAAGGUUGUGGGAAAGAUUUCUUUUAUUGAUCUUGCUGGCAGUGAAAGAGGUGCAGAUACUACUGACAAUGACCGGCAAACUAGGAUUGAGGGUGCUGAAAUUAAUAAAAGCCUUUUGGCUCUUAAGGAGUGCAUUCGUGCUCUGGACAAUGACCAGAUUCAUAUACCAUUUCGUGGGAGCAAACUCACCGAAGUGCUCCGUGACUCUUUUGUUGGCAAUUCAAGGACAGUUAUGAUCUCAUGUAUUUCUCCUAAUGCAGGUUCAUGUGAACACACUCUCAAUACUCUGAGAUAUGCUGAUAGGGUUAAAAGUCUUUCGAGAAGUGGCAAUCCCAAAAAAGAUCAGACCUUAAAUUCUUUACCACCAAGUAACAGGGAUGUUUCAUCCUUGUCUCUGUUAGCUACUGCAGACGUAGAAGAUGUGUAUGGGCGACAACCAGAAGUAAAAGUUGUUGAUACAGGUCGAAGGCCAUUAGAGAAAGAUGUUUAUACUGUUGACUUCGACAAACAGCCUUCAACUUCCAAUGGAAGGGAGGAAAGUGGAAUGGCUUCUGGCCCAACAGAUAGGGAAAAAAUUGAAGUAAAUAAUUCUUAUGGUGGUUCUAGAAGUCAAAGAGUUUACUCAUCAAAUUCUCAAAACUCAGCUGAUAUGGAAGAGAAAGUGCAGAAGGUGUCACCACCCCGUAGAAAAGUGACCAGAGAAGAAAAACCGGAGAAGAUGGGGAACUGGACCAAGAAAGAUGGAGGAGGAUCUGAUUUGUCAACUCAAAACUCUAUGCAGUCAAAUUCUAAUAAUCACAACAGAACAAAUGAUGUUGGACAUCGACAAUAUAAUCUUGAGCCUCCUACCGAUGGGAAUAUCAAAGCAAUACUUGAGGAAGAAGAGGCUCUAAUUGCAGCUCACAGAAAAGAAAUCGAGGAUACAAUGGAGAUUGUUCGUGAAGAAAUGAAGCUUUUGGCAGAGGUGGACCAACCGGGCAGCCGCAUAGACAACUAUGUGACCCAGUUGAGCUUUGUGCUUUCACGCAAGGCUGCUGGUCUGGUGAGCCUUCAAGCUCGCCUCGCCAGGUUCCAGCAUCGUCUGAAAGAGCAGGAGAUACUGAGUCGGAAGAGAGUUCCUCAUUAGCGCAGGUCUCUCCUGUCAUCACAGCAUCAGACGCAGACCUGUAAUGUCCUCGCAUGUAGACUGUUUCGGUACUGUUCAUCCUGGUGGACAUUUAUACAUUUUAAAUACAGAUAUCAACCGAUGAGGUUGUCUCUUAAACUAAUGAUCUCGUUUCUGGCAGUCAAUGUCUGGGGAACUUGUUUUAGGGUCUCGAGAGGAAAUUCAGCAGUGCACACAUCUGGGACGUUCAUGGGUUACAUGUUAACUAGUAAUACAUUUGAAUGGCUCCCUUGUAAUGAUGGUUGCCUUCUCGAAAUUGUAUUUGGUUAGAAGAAUAUGAUGUUUUCAUGUUGGGAAUUGAUAUGGGUUUUUUUAUGGUCAUCUGUUGUUUAAUGGUGACAGGGAAUGUUUUCACAAGGAAAGAAGAAAAUUGAACACAGUGGUUUUUUGUUCAUUUCUUUUCAUUUAUAAUGGGUUGAUUCCUACCCAUGGAAGCAUAUUUUGCUUUCUCACCUCAAAA